AUGGCGCAACGGCGCCUCGACGCCAUCGCCGCAGCGCCGCGGGCGCGGGCGUGCCUAGUCCUGGCGUGCUGUCUCAUCAGAUGCUGCCCCAUGGGCUCCCGCUGGAGCUCCAGCGGAAGAGCCGCGCGCUGGGGUCACGAUAGACAGCGCAGCCACCGCGCGCGGUGGGCCACGACGUCGCGGGCUUUCGCCGGGCGCAGACGUUGGACGCGGCUCGUCGACGCGCACAUCGAUAGCACGCCGCCGCGGCUUGACUCUGACAACCAGGCCGCAGUUGAUGUAUUUUAUUGUGAUGUUGUUUCCGUAAAUGCCGUUCUCGCCGAAUUUCGCUCGUCUUGCUCGAAAACUCGAAAAACCCGACACAAAAGACCUGAACCAUUCCCUGUCAACAAGAACACAGCGCGCAAGCCACACGGGCCGCAGCUGCGUCUGCUGAGGCAACGAUACAUCUGUUCGGAUACCUGGCGAAAUCGUGAGCGAGUACUACGGGCCGAGGGCGCCUGUAGCUGCAGCUUACAGCACAUUUGCCCCUGGUGUCCCAGCGCUCUAGCGCGGGCUCACGCGGCUCACGCGCGCCGCGCUCCAGCUGAAAGAAGCGCCCCGACGCCCCGGUGCUGCGCCGGCGCCGCUGCGUCAAUUCGUGUCACACCUGUCGAGACGCCGCCGCUCGACCGCCGCUGCGCCGCUGCCGCUCACGAAGCAAGCCGACGCGUCGCCGCAAUGCCGCCAAAAAAGAAGCAGAAGACGCUAACCAAGAAGGAGAUACGCAUACGCGACAACCGGUGGAAGGCUUACGGAGACGCGAUUAAAGAUGCGCAGGGCGGCGUCGCGUCGCCGAUGCCGACUGACCCGAAGGACCUGACCCUGUGGGACUGGUCGAACGCCCCCGAGCUCUUUGAUGGCACGCAGCUGUCGCUCGAGGAGUUGGGGACCCAAGUCGUCUUCCUAGAAGCCGGCGGCAAGGGUGGGGACAGCGCGCGGCGACAAUUGCACGGCUACAUGAGGGAGAAGAUCGUGGCCGCCGAGGCGGCGCCGGCCGAAGCCGCGCGAGAAGCCGAGCGGACGGCCGAGAUCGCGACGCUCAAGGAGGAGGGCCUGUGGCUCGGCGACAGCGACUUCGAGGCCCAGAUCGCGGCGCGCUACGACCCCGCGACGAAUACUUAUUUAAUGUCGUGUGAAGAGUUCUACCGGCGGGGCGGCGACAAAGCGGCGUAUAAUGAGGCGAAGCGCCGCAAGGACGAGCGGACGGUCAAGAAGGCCGAGGACGACGGCAAGCGGCGCGUGUCGGAGCGCAAAGUCACUACGCCCGACUGGCUGCGGCCGGGCGAGAAGGACAACGAAGGCAAGGCGCCCUGGGGCCACAGGGAGUGCAACCACUACUGGCGCGACAAAGACGCGGACAGCGCGACCGCAAUCGCCUGCGUCGAGGAGGCGAUGGGCAAGAGGAAGCUAGAGGACCUCGGCGUCGCCGUCGCCGACGAAAUGCUGAAGACGGAGGCGUCGAACGAGACGUGGCAGCGCGGCGAGCAGGAUAGUGUUAGCCGCUGCCUGACGAACGCCGCCCGGACGUUUCAGCUGCGCACCUGGCUCGCUAAACUCGCGUCCGAGCGCCACUGGCGGCGGCUCGCGGCGCGGCGCCUCGCCUCGCGGCGCUGCGUCUUGGUGCUCGGCGACGUGACGAACGACGACUCGCUCCCGGAACGGGCGCUGCUCUGCGACGCCGCGCUGGGCGACGACGUUUCUUUAUUACACGCUUCUGUCGUGGCGGGCGGCGACGACACGCGGAUGGAGGAUGUGUCGCCGCCGAGAAGCCUACUCGCUGCUUCAUUAGUGGCGGCCGGUUCGGACGUUGAUAGCUCUGGCGGUGCUGAUAGAGACGACAUUAGCGGAACGGCGCGCGGUCUGAGGACUUUAGAUGGCGCGUCUUCGAUUGCUGCAGAUGUGGCGGAGCCAAGUCUGGAUCCAAGGGAGCCGGGCUUCAUCUCGCAAGUGGUGCGCGACGCCGAGGCGACGCCUCGUAUGCCGGACGCUGCGGCGGCGCUGGACGCGCUGUCACGGUCCCAUACCCCUACGGGUCGCCUCGGGGAGAUCCUUGAGAAAUUUGAACUCAUGCGAUACGACCCUACGAGCGACGAGUGCGUGGGCGGCCCUGCUUAUGAAAGGAUGCGGGCGGCGGACGCUCGGAAGCGGAAGAAGACGCGUACUGGCGGGGGUGUCUGUGAGUUCUACAUCUUCAAGGUCCUUUUACUGGCGCUCGCGAGGGCCUUCGUGGCGGGGCGCCUCAAGUUCGACAAGAUGGCUUUGACGCUCUACUACUGCGUCUUCGGCCGCUACUUCUGGGCGGAGCUGUUCUGGACGGCGGGCUUCACGAUGCUCGACGCGCUGCGCUUGGGUCUGCCUUUAGAUUGGAUUCCGAUGGAGGUGCGAGUCGCGGACCUCCCGCUCCUGCCGCGCUGGGUCGAGCUCAACUUCCCGAACGGCAUCACUAUCGCGUCGUCGGCCGUCCUCCUCGAGCUCUGCCAGGCGACGAACCAGGCGUUCUUCGACAAGGGCAAGAGCGCGCUCUACGUCGCCGCCCACGCCGCCUUCUUCGGCGGCAGCCACCAGCUCACGCUCGCGGCGCUCGCGGACGUCGGCGCCGGCUCGGCCGAGCUCGCGGCGCCGCGCGUCGCGGCGUGCGAGCUGGAGGUCGUCGCGUACGGCGGUGCGGCGUCCUCGGUCGUCUCGGGCGGCGUCUCGCUCGCCCUCGGCGGCUCGGACGUCCUCGCGGCGCCGACCCUCGCGACGGCGACGCCCGUGUUCGCAUCGCGCGCGGACGCGCUCGCGGCGGCGGCGAAGCCGUUCGAGUUCGAGAUCUCCUUCGCGAAGCCCGCGGCGCCGGAGGGGGCGCCGCGCUGGACCGAGUUCCACAAGAUCGGCGACCUGAUACCGGCGCUCGCGGCGCUUUCGCGCCACAAUUCGUCGUGGGACCAACUCGCAUCGUCGGAAGAGUCGUGGGUCCGCCAGUCGGACACCGUCCGCGUCAUGGAGACGGCCGCGCAGCUCGUCUUCGCCGGGCUGGACAUCGAGGACAUCGCGGAGCCGAUCUCGAUCGUGAACGUGUUUAACCCGCACUACCAGUGCCAGCGCAACACGACCUACACGAUCUGGGCGGGCGUCGACUUCGAGGUCAAGAUGCCGGACGGGCGCAUCCUCUCCAAGCGCGAGUUCCUGAAGGAGGUCAUGAAGAAGCACGCGGCGGCGGCGGCCGCCUAG